GCUAUGCGAGUAAGACAUAAGUCCAAGGAGAGAAGCCAAUCUCCCACAUAAAAUCAAUAUCCGGUUUUUUUAUUCGGUUACAGACCGAUCGAGUACCCUAGAAGCAGAGUGAUGCUGCCUCCUCUGGCCAGGAAAGCCAUUACCGACGAUCCCAAAAAGUUAGCGAACUUGAUAGACCUUGUAAACCUUCCUUCCACCCUCCGAGAAUUCGUGGGUCAGUCUCAGAUUUCCCGUCUUGGAUUCUUUAACAGUGUCUGGUUUUACAUCAAGACCAACAACCUUCAGGAUCCAAACAACAAGAACAUGGUCAACUGUGAUGAAAAGUUGAAGAUGAUUUUGCUUGGUAAGCCUCGGAUUGAGUUGGCUGAACUCCCCAUGUUGAUCAAGCUCCAUUUUCCUAAAGAGCCCAAGUGAAGAACCAUCAGGUUCAUGUAAGGCUGCCUUCGUGUAACAUAAUGUUUUUUCUUCAUUUAGGAGACCCUUUCAACAAAAACAAUUGACAGGUUAUUUGUUGCUUACUAACAAUUACAAAAUGUGGGAUUAAUGAAAUUCAGAUUAAACUUAGAUGGCGGGGAUUUGCCAAUAUCUAUGUUUAUUACCCACGAGUA